GGCAAUUGACAACCUGGAGAUUUCACAUGGCGGGGUGGUUCCACAAACUUUAGACAUGACCACAGCUUCCUCCAAGAAGCAUCGCAUCCUCACGAAGGAGCAGCAAAUCAAUUUGGUGGUCAAAUUGCUGGCCAGUCAACCAAAGAGGGUAAGAGAUGUACGCGAAAAGAUAGAGGAUGGAAAAGCCAUUGUUUGCCAUGGCCUGCUGUUCAGUCUCGCGAUUCUACGUGAAUCAUUACAGAAGUUUGAGGCGCAGGCGCAAAGCGAGAAACCUGGGGUGCAGCCAGAAGUUCAAACGGACUGCGGGAGCAGAAAGAGGAAGUGCGGCGAUGAAAAUCAGAACCCUGCGGACAACCAUGUUCACAAUCGGGGUAAAGGAACGCCAGCUGGGGAUGAAACAAGUCGUCCAAUGAAGCGCUCCCCUGCAAGGCCUACAAAAAGCUCGCCGCUGCGACUGAAAGUAUCGCCACGAGCGCAGCAAGCUCCCGAGAGAUCUCCGGCGGAGGGCGAUGCCGAUGACGGCGACGGGCUGAGCGUCAAGGCCUUGAAGGCGCGGCUGGCGCAGCAUGGCCUGCACACCGAUGGCUGUGUAGAGAAGGCCGAGCUGCAGGCACUGUGGGAGAAAUUUGAGACCUACCGACAGCGGCCGCUGCACGAGCUCCAGGAUCAAUGUGAAAAAUGGGGCGGUCUUCGCUUCGACAGCGUGCUGGAGUGUGCUAAAUAUCUGACGUCUGGAGAGCAGCAACAGCCUGUGGGGAAUCGGUUUGGGCGGUUCUGGACGGCCACAACGAGUUCACCCACUGCGGCCAAAGAGCCUGCAGCGCCCACGGUUCCUUUGGCUCCUCUGCCGACGCCGGCGGUACCGGCGGCACCGGCGGUGGACAGAGAACAGGAUGCCCAGCGUGAAGCCAAGCGCAUUCUACCACUUCGACGGGAGUCGUAUUUGAAUCCCACUUCUUGGGGCUUCGCAGUACUUGGAGUUCCAAAAGGCACUACGGAGGUCUCCGCAGUGCAAAGAGCCUAUAGAGCUUUGAUGAGGAAGCUGCAUCCUGAUCGAGCAGGGCAAUCCGAGGAUGUUGUGAAAGCUGUUGAAAAAGUUCGAGAGGCCAAAGAGGCUUGCGAACGCGGUCUCUCUCGGCAAGAGCCGCCGGAGCAACCUCGUGAGCUGCGCUCCGAGGCUCUUUGCUCCGCUGCUGGUCGACGGAAAUUCCAACUCAGCUGGACUGCACCAGCCAUCAGAGAUGCUGCGCCUGUUCGCAGAUAUGUGGUUGCUGCUCAUGAUCCUGCGUAUGGGCGGGCAUUGACAAUCACAGUCCUCGAGCCAGACUACAGCCAGGAGUUGCGAAGCUUUGUAUCCAUCGAGCACCUCACAUCCUAUGUCAUGGCAGAGCAGGACCUCCAAAAGAUGCCGAAAUUGUGGACUCAGACUUCCCUACAAGUGCAGGUCGCCGCGGCCAACGAAGCUGGGCAAUCUGCCUGGAGCACGCUGAAGAUCCCUUUGACGGGGCCUUCCGCGGGCAAUGCAGCUGCUGCAGCUCCGCCCACACGGCAGCGAGCGCUUCCCAGCGGCCCCACUGGCGUCAGCGGCUUUGCUACGGCUGCCACAAUGCAAAAGAGGAUGCACGAUGCGGAGGAUGUUACGGCUUUCGACACAGAAUUGCGUAAAAUUCAUGGGAUCGCGCGAUUACGAGCUUUCUUGGAGCCGCGGAAGAAGGGCAUCCUGAUGGAAUGGCUAAGAUCAGUGAACUGGUCAGCCUAUGGUUCGAAGCAGGAUUUGGUGGAGCGAGUGAUUUUUAUCCGCGAAGCGAUGGUUUGUUGAGAACUGCUGAAAUAGCUUUUACAAUGCUCAUCUUUGGGGAUGACACAGGGUUGCCGAAGCUAGAUGAAUC